AUGAUUUCCGUGCUUUGGAAUAUCAUUGCCUUAUUCUCUACUUUUCAAUAUUCGUCAACAUAUAGGCUGAAUGUACCACGAGUGCUGUUACCAUACCAUCCUACUAUUCCUGUAACAUUUCUACUAGAGGUUAGCCAACCCUCAGGAGGUUGUUUCAGCUGGCGUUCUACUCGCCCUGAUGUGGUUUCUGUAAGUGCCAUCGGGACGAAUCAGGGCGAGUGUUCAGAUAAAGCGGAAAUUCGUUCCACGGCAAAAGCCGUAUCCGGGGAACUGAGCGCUGUGAUUUUUGCUGAAGACAGUGCGUCAUCAACCAUGCUGAGCUGCGGAGUAUCGGUCGAUUUGAUAUCGAGGAUCCGCGUAGAAACUACGACAAAAAUUCUGUUCGUGGAUGCUGCACCCGCACGAAUGAUCGUCGAAGCAUUCAACUCAGAAGGAGACAAGUUUUCUACGCUUAGUGAGAUUCCAAUUGACUGGGAACUGUCUCAUACUGGGGAUGGUCGACCUCUUCGCAUAGUACCAUUUGAGCAGUCUACCUACGAAGCACCGAACGAGAUUAUGAAAUUAGAAAAUAAUAAGAAGAAAGGAUACGUCGUUCUGGUCGAAGGAGUCUUAACUGGAUCUGCCACAUUAACUGCAAAAAUCGCUGAACCUCCUUACUCUCACAUCAGUGCACACAGCUUGGAUCUCACCGUGGUUGCUAAUCUCCUGCUUCUUCCCGCCCACGAUCUGUUUGUACCGGUAUAUGCAGUAGUGCCAUUCCAAGUGCAGAUAGUGAAGCAGAGUGUUACAGAAGAAAUUCCAAUGCCGUCAUCAGACUACUACCUGAAGGUGGAUUCCGAGACAGUUUGUAAACUUGACAAGAAAACGUCGUCAGUUCAAGCUUUAACUCGUGGACGAACAGACAUACAUCUUCUCAGCCAAAAUGUUGACGUCAAAGCAAAGACAGGAGUGCGUCCUCCAUCAACUGCUAUUUAUGUGGUUGAUCCUGAAAGCAUUCAGUGGGUCAUCUCUGGAGGUGGUAAUUGGUUGUUACAGACAGGAACUCAUUAUAAGAUGUCUGUUUCACUCGUUGAUCCACAUGGGAAUACGAUGUAUAUAAGUAAUAAUCUUCGAUUCGAAAGCACCAUCCCAGAAGUGUACUUUGAUGUGCAUUUUAUAUCGAACAACCAGACAUAUUUCGAAGUGACACCGAGGAAAGUGGGGAAAACGAUUCUAAAGAGUCGAUUCGUCGCUAAUUCCUAUUCCUGUAUUGUAGAUUAUUUUUCCUUAUUCUCUGCUGGUAAGGUAACCGGCGAGCAAUCUGUGCAAAUAGUAGAUCCUGUGCGAAUAUCGCCCAGAGAGGUUAUGUUCCCGUACCUUCCUCGAAGGAAGACGUCAUUCAUGCUAAAGGCAACUGGAGGAAGUGGUCUAUACGAUUGGAGUACAGGUGACACAUCUGUGUGCACUGUGGACUCAAACGGCUUGCUAGGUGUCGCGUCUCCAGGAACGACGGUGGUUGUAGCGUCCGAUAAGAGAAAUCCUGCUCAUAAAGAUAGCGCAUCAGUUUCUGUGUUAGACGUUCUCUCCUUGACUUUUGGAGAAACACGCAAAGAAGCUGAAGUGGGCUCGGAUCUCAUCGUCAAUAUACAGUUAAUGGGCGCUAGUUCACAUGGAUUAGUUCCGUUCACCGAUUGUCGCGCUGCAGACUUUCGUGUACAAUCAUCGGAUAAUGAUGUUUUCAGACCAGUAGCAGAAUAUGUUCCGACAUUGCCAUCAGUUGGGACCGGUUGUUCAACAGUAAUGUUGAAAGCUAUCUCGUCAGGUGAUGCGAAAAUUACUGUGUCAUUCGAUCAUUAUGAAGCGGUGUUAGAUGUGUCGUCGUACCCACCAUUACAAGUGAGUCUUCUUUUAUUUGUUAGUCUUAGCGUUGCUUUCGAAGGCGGACCAAGGCCAUGGCUAACUGACAUAUCUAGGCAUUAUCGGCAAGACGACUUGUUUAAUGUAAAGUGUGGUUUGGUUGAUGGUACAACGGUGGGUUUUCUUAAUACUGCGCCCUUGCAUUGUGAUUUUCGUGGCGUAGAUCAGUAUUUUCAGACCGCCCUUCUCGAAGUUGGAAAUAAGCCAUCAGCGCAACUUCCUUUCCCUGCUAUUGCAACAAAGAAUGUGUCAGUUUGUUGUGCUUAUCCCACUAGAUUAGUCAUCAGGCCAGUUAUUGGAAUCGAACCAAAAUGUCCUUCAAACAUGGUGAGCUUUGCAUGGAUCUUGAGAACAGUAAAGAUCUACACUAGCUUUAAGGUGCUUUGGAAUGAAGAGUCAGCUGUUGGUAUGGUCAGGUUGAACCAUGGAUCCGGACAUUUUCGUGUUCAUGAAUUGCCGGGGAUGCCAUUCACGACUGUUGUUAAAGAUAGUACAUUAACACCGCGAUCAAGAGGUGCUGGUACACUGCGAAUUGAGGACGUAUGCAUAAAUGGAGACUAUAUUGAUGUUCCCGUAAAAAUCACCGACAUUCAUUCACUUGUCAUUUAUGGGCCACAAAUUAUGGAAGUGGGAACUGAAGUCGAAGUGUUUGUGGACGCCGUGGAUGAGGACGGGAUCCCUUUCUCCCGCAAUUAUGGUGCUUUAUCGAACGUUACAAUUGAUUCAAGUGAUGCAACUGUCCAUAUCACAAAAGUUAACUCUACAAACUAUCGCAUUCGAGCAUUGUCGGUGGGUGGAGCGACUUUAAUUGCAUCAGCCCGUCCUACUUCGGGACGUACGUUGACAUCUCGACCACAUUCCAUUCAGAUAUUUUCGCCUUUGUUGCUGUUACCUCAGAAGGUCACACUCAUCCCUGAAAGCACCUUUCAGUUGGAAGUUUUUGGUGGUCCACAACCCACACAUCAUAUUGACUUCGCUCUUAACAAUUCGGAAGCCGCUCAUAUUGAUCCUAAUGCGUUAAUAACGUCGAAAAGUUUGGGUUGCACAUCGAUUACCGGCUCAGUGAAAGUGGGUGGAAAGCACUCAACAGAGAGUACUGUAACUCUGUGCGUUGUUUCCCUAACUGGAGUACAAGUAAUAACAUCCACUCACGUUAUCGAACGAGGCGGUCAUGUAUGGGUUAGAAUAAAUGGCCUGGAUGAAUCUGAAACUCCUUUCUCUUUCGGUGGAGCUAUUCAUCCGUUUAAGGUGACAUGGAGUGUUAGUCAUCCAAACGUACUCAAGGUAGUCCAUCCAUUUGGGCCAUCGGUUUCGGAGGCUGAUGAGAAUCGAUUCGUUAUUUGUCUCGAAGGAGACAGUGUUGGCUCGGCUGUUGUUAAGGUUCGCGUCGAGUUGUCAACCCUUGCGAGAAACCAUUUUAUGGGUCGUUCACGCGUAUUUGAGGACAAUGUAAAAAUACGCGUAGAGGAACCAUUGUCAAUGCCCCAGCUCGAUAUACCGAUUUCCACCAUUCGGAUAGCACAAAAUACUCAGAUGCAGUUGGAAACGGCAUGGUCAUCUAGCGUGGAAUUCUCAGUGCCGCGUGAAUUUUCACGUCUGUUAUCUGUCUCAAAAUCUGGUCUUAUUCGAUCUAAUUCGCUGCUUGGUCCUGCUGCGCUUGUAGUACGCCGGCUUGACUUCUCCAAGAACGAAACCUCUAUGAUACCAGUCACGGUGUCUGCGGUUCACGCAAUUGACGUUAUUCUGCUAACAAAAAUCGAUCUUGUGACUUCGGUUCCGUUGUUAUAUCUUCCUGUAGGCGCCAAGAUCAGACUACAGGUAGUUUUCCGUGACUCACGAGGUCGACAGCUAAAUGAAGCUUCUUCGUCUAUUAGUUACCGUCCUCAUAGAUUUGACUUGACAGAGAUAAUAUCAUCCAAUUUAAACAAAACGUUGACUGUCACGAUGAAAACUGCUGGUGAAACCGUACUUCAAGUACAUGAUCAUUCCCAAAAUGUUUUCCUCCGGCUUUCGGCUAAGGAGCAGUUAUAUCCAAGGAGUCGGCAACCAGUAGUCUCUGAUAUUGUUUGCUUCGCCUCACCGUUAGUAGGGGCAAUGCGUUGGUCUUCAAGUGAUGAUCGCAUCGAGUGGUUGGAUGUCGAGCAUGGGGUUGGCAAACUUAUUGAAGAUGGCAAAGCGCAUGUCACUGUUAAUGUAGCAGAACAAAUGCUAACUACUUCGGUGAAAAAUCCUCAAGUUUUCUGCUGUAUAGAUUGCACUGAAGCUCAACUGGUAGCGUUGUCUUCCCUUCGAGCUCCAUUCGAAUGUGCAACAACAUUUGCCCAUACAAAAAUAGGUCCUGCAGUGAACAUACUUUCUGUCAAGUCUGUUUUCCUACCAAGCGCAAGUAUGUUCGCUAAUUUACUUUCCUUUUUUUUACAUAGAAAUAGUACUAUGGCAAAACAGCGAAGUUUAUUAAAAGGGUCGUAUGCUUGCGUCAUCAUUGCGAAGUGGAUUGGUAAUUCUCAAGUAAGUGCUUGCUCCAACCUACGCAUCGUACGUACGUACACGGAAAAUUUAGUUAUUCUUUUUCCACUUUUGAAACAGAGUAUAAUCCCCCGUUGUUUCCAGUUAAAUAUCAAAUCGGCAGCCUUGUGGUCAGAACUGUCAGAACAUUGCUUGAUAACUGUAGAGAACGGUGUGACAGGACAAAGCAUUCAAAUACCAGUACGUGUUCGGCUAGUAGGACAGGCAGCUAAACAAGUAUAUAAAGCACUUGACAGUACAGGUUUCAUAGACUUUGUGCUGAUAUUUUUACAACACUACUCAUGGAUUAUUCCAUCUUUGAUGUGGGUAUGCUUCACAGGAAUUGUAGCCAUCGCUGGUACGUUUGCUUCCGUAUUUAUUUUUGUAUGGACCCACUUGGGCCCAAGAUGUAUUCUUUGUUACGGAAACGAUUUAGUACAGUAUUCAGGUUUCUUCCGUAGUUCGCCACUCGGAAAAUCAACUCCGAUUUUUGGAGAAUCUACUUUCGCUAGCCAAAAGCAACAACAACGUCCUGUGGGAGCCAUGGGAGACCCUUCGCUUUGGAGUGCUAGUGCAACUCUGAGAAAGUGA